AUAACACAAACAAGCGGCUAAAACAGCACAAACAGCCAAAUUGCCUGUUAUUUUUAUGGCCGCUGCCAUUGUCGCUGCUGUGGCUAUAAUAAUAUGAAAAGUAAACAAAGUUGCUGGCUGUCGUCGUUCCGCCGCCGAGUUGUCAACAUCAACGCAACGCAACGCAAUGCUUUCCUAUCCAGCUCGCCAAACUGUACUCAAAAUAAUGGCAACUACAGCUACAACUACAACUACAACUGCAACUACAACGCUGGCUACGACUACAACAAUGUUUUAUUAAGUUUCACGAAAUUGUAUAUAUGAGCGAAAAGCUCUGUGCCUCCUCGUUUGCUGAGACAGCAGCAACAGACAGCGGAACAGAACAGAACAGAACUGAACUGAACUGAACAGAACAGAACUGAACAGAAACCAACACAAACAAAUAACACGACAAAACGAAAAGAAACCGAACACAAAACCCCAGCAGAAAAGACAGAAAAAAAGCUGAAAAAAGAGUCGUUGAGAAUGCUCUUUGUUUGCCAGCUCAAAAAUAAAUAGGAAUAUGUACAUACAUACAUAUAUGCUUCAAAUGUACAUAAGUACAUACAUAGAUAGGAAAGUCUAAAAAUCAAAUAUUGGAGUGGCUAACGAAACUUCAAGUUGUCAUUUCGUGGGCACUUAACGUGCAACAGGACAGCAAACCACUGGUAAUCGGGGGGCUCUGUGGUGCACGAUACCGCCAUCGAAUAUGACCACCUCAACGCGCAGCAACAGCAACACAAAUAGCAGCAACAACCACAGCAGCGAGCACGAGGAGCGAGCCACCGCCAACGGCGCCACCGCCUACAACCACCACAGUCCAACGGGAUCGGGAUCGGGUUCAGGUUCAGGAUCGGGAUCGGGAACAGCAGGCGCCUCCCUUGGAUCCACCAAUCGAGUGAUGCAGGCGGACGAGGACUUCAACAUCCGCUUCGUCAACCUGGUGCGCACCCACAAGUGUCUCUACGACAAGAAGGUGCCCGAGUACCGCAACAGGGAUAACCAGGAAAAGGCGUGGGUGCUUAUUUCAAAGGAGACCAGAGAAAGCGUGAUCCACUGCAAGGAGCGAUGGCGAAACCUUCGCGCCUGCCUCUCCCGCUACAUAAAGCAGCAAUCCGGAUCGGAGCCGCAGCACAAGCCAUACUACCUGACCGAGCACAUGGCGUUCCUGCUGCCCUUUCUGAAGUCCAGCCGUAACUCCCUGGAGGGAAACAACAGCCUGGCCACGCUCUACCAGAUUUCGCAGCAGCACCUCCAGCACCAGCCCUACCUCCUCCACCCAGCCCUCCAUGCGAACGAGGAGCACAAAUACUGCGCCACCAACAGCAUCAAUAAUAAUAACAACAUCGGCAAUAAUAAUGGCGAGAGCAUGGAGGUCUUGGAGAUGAAGUACUCGAUAUCGGAGAAGGAUGAUGAGGAGACCAUCGACGCAUUUGAUCCCGCGGUGACCAACACCCUGGGCAUGAAUCGCACUUCGUCCACGCCCACUCGCUGUUCCACGCAUCCAGGGGGCGGAGGCAAUUCACCUGCCAGGAGCGAUACCGCCAGUGCGGACAGCAUGAAGAACUUCAUUCCAGAUGUGCAGCUGGCCGAGACGGGUUCGCAGCUCAUCUACAGCGAUGGUGGACAUGGCACACCACCGCCCCUCCACUACCACCCGCACUCGCACUCACACUCGCAUCCACAUCCUUUGACAAUGGCCAUGGAACACCACCCAGCGUCCUUCGAACCGGGCAGCACGAAAAGAAUCAAGACGGAAUGCGAGGCCACCAGCACGAUGACGAAUGCAGGAAGUGUCUACGGCGGAUUAAGUUCCUCGGAAGUGGCGGACAUGGAGUUCUUCCGCAGCAUUCUUCCCGAUCUGGCGGCUCUGACUCCCCAGCAGCGUCGCAAGUUCAAGAUUGGGAUCCUGGAGCUGAUUGACGACGUUGUAACCCGAUAUCCCGCCCAGGAUCACAGCAGCGGAGGAGGAGUUUCUGGCGUGGUCAACGGCAGCGGGGGAAGCAGCAAUGGGGGAUCUAUGAAGCAUCAAAGGCGCAGCUCUGGACGCGAUUGGAGGAAACAAUGAAGGAAUACAAAGCGCAGCGGAAAGUCACUAAUCCUUAACUAGGAAUAGGAUAAGUUUAGUUAGAAGCUUAAGGGGGAACUGAAGCUGGAAUGGGUAGGGUACUAAUUCGAAUCAGAGCUACUUCAGCCCGCUCACUGUUAAUGUGUUGUGUCUACUCAAUAGUAAGGGGAUGUUUUCAAAAGCCUUAAACUGACGAAAAUCCGCGAUUUGUUUCGAUUUUGACCACACGUUUUAGAAUGAUCCAUUUCCAAAGAGUUUCCAGUACUGUAUGACAACUUUAAAAACAAUAUAUAUUUGAACAAUUUCCUGCUUAUGAUUUCAAGCUAUUCCAAGCAAUAAUUAUACGGAGUGUCUUAAAAUCGAACACAUUUCAACGAACAAGUAGUAAUGAGGCCUCCUUAAAAGCCAUUUAGACCUGAACGAAGUAGUUGAGGAAUUUAGAAAACCGAUUUUUUGGGAUUUCAAAAUUGCUUCGUAGAGGUCGGAAACAGGUUAGUUAAGAAAACUGUAUAUAUGUAUGCUGCUAUUGAAGCCUAAACUAUAGAAUCUGUGUACAAAUGAAUUUCCGUUCAAGUAAAACAAAGAGGGAUAAAGAGAUAGAUCGAUAUCAAACUGCUGUGUGAAAUAAUAAACAAGUGAACGUAUGGAAAAUUA